AUGGCCGCCUCGUCCUCUUCCGGCUCUUCCUUCACUUCUUCUUCCCUUGGCCGUCCGCCCUCAUACGGCCAGCCAUACACGAGCCCUCUCGACUCGACCUGGACACCGACUUCGGGUGCCUCAACAAUCUCAGCUCUCACAUCCGAGGCCUCGGCGCCCCAUGCCUCUCUCCAUCCUCUAGAUCUUGGCCCUCCUGGUUACCAAGCCACAAUGCCCAUCUUCCCCAACAUUCUUCCUCCAUCGUCGCCAACACUGUGCAUCCUGACACUCCUCUCUGACGCCCCCGGCCCUUGGGAAGUGGUCGGCUCCGAGCAGCGCCGCGUGCUCUGGCAAUGCAGCUACCAGAGCGAGCUUCUGGAACAUUUUCUUCCAUCCGACGUCCCAGCCGAUAUCUUUCCUCAUACCCUCCACGCCCGCCAUCGCCCUUAUACGGACCCAUGCGAGCUAGAGCUUUAUGUCAGUUUUCGUGAGCCACACCGGGUUCGAUACACGACUGGCGAAGGCGUGGUAGUUCACGAUCACCUGAUGGAGGUCAAGUAUGAGUUCACUACCGUCGAAAGUUCGAUUCGCUUCCAAGGAGACGUCCGUCGGAAGGACUUGGUUGACUACUACGACGUUGACGUUGUUUGGUCCGACGUACACGGCAGAACGGACGGCUUUGGAAACAUUAGGGGUAUGGGACUGGUGCAAAGGUUGAAGUUUUGGAGGGACCGUUAUUCGACUUACCACUCACUGACCGUAUUCGCCAAUCGCGCGAGCGGUCGCCAUUAUCGGGAGUACGAGAUUCACAAUUUCGACGGCGAGCUGCGCAACCGUGACGAUCGCCAUCGUCAAGUCCGCCUAACAGUGCGCGGAAGCCGACGAGGUAGUGCCCCGGACAGCAGCGGUUCGUCCCGUUCGCGCUUCACCUUUUCGCAUCGCAUGCGUCCGCGAGUACGGUCGGGUUCUCAAGGAGGACAGUCCAGCGCGGAAGCUGGCUUGUCAUCUGGCGCUCUUGAUUUUCGGUAUCUGGGUAUCCAGUUCAAUUAUCGCAGGUUCCUCGACAGUUGGGUCGUAGCGCACAGCUCCGACAGCGAGUUCAAUGGUAUACCAUUUCCGCAGCACCACGUCGAGCUACCGUCACCGCAAAUACUGCCAGGGGAGACGUCAGAGCUCCCAUCUCCGGAGACCUCAAGAGGGUUGGAGCCAGUUGUUGAGCCGCCAGACUCAUACGAAUCCGACUCGGCCCCGUGA